AGUUUCCUUUGGCGCCAGUCCUGCAUGGAAUGUUGUAGCGAAGUGUUUGUGUUGCAGUGAUAACAGUGUCCGCAAUCAAGAAAUUGUGUAUUAACUUCCAGACAUUUUAUGAAGGAUAAUUAACAGGAUCAAAACCCACGCUUGUUCAGUCUGAGUGUGAAGUAACAUCCGUCGCAAGUGUUCAUGACGUAGUGACGUGUUCGUGAUAUGGCGCCCAGUUUUCGGACGCUACUUCUGGUGUUUCUGGCGUCGUGCGACUUCACCCUAGCCCACGUGGCUUUGACGUACCCGCCUGCAAGAAAGUACGAUCUCGACUUCUUGGACAACUCGAGAACCAAAGGACCAUGUGGGAUGCCGAAAGGAUCGAUCCGCACGACACUGUUGGCCGGUUCCACUUUCAAUGUGACGUGGCAUCUUGCUUAUCCACACAGGGGAGGCUACAAAUUGCAAGUAUUGGAUACCUUACAGCGACCAGUUCUUGAUCUUACUCCUGUAACAGCAGACUCUGAAUUUGUUAAAAAUGAUGUAACAGCACAGUCACAUUUUGUGCAGUUGCCACCUGACUUCAACUGCAGUGACUGUACAAUACGUUUGAUGAGGCAAGCUGAGGAGUGGGGUAAAUCCUAUCGUUUCUGGACCUGUGCUGAUGUGGACAUCCAUUCAAAAAAAGAAUUUAAAGAAGACUGCAGUGGUCACGGACGCUACCUGCUGUCAAAAUGUCGUUGUGAUCGACUGUAUUAUGGUCCUCGUUGCCAAUACAAGGAUGAAUGUUUUGAUAAUAAUGAUUGCGGAGACAGAGGGAUAUGUAUUAAUAUUGAAGCCACUACAGCUCCUCGGAAGCAGUGUUAUUGUGAAAUGGGGUGGUAUGGACCAGAGUGUACAAAACGUUCUCCAGUCAAAUCUAUGGAUCUAGACUUCACUGCAUAUAGCAAACGAGAUUUGAGUAGCACUUUUACGUUAUAUUGGAAAAUCAUGCGGGAACAGCAAGAGUUGGAAGUAGUGAUGGUUGUGAAUGGUACAAGUUAUGUUGGUCUGGGUUGGCGACCACGCCAUCUAACAGCUUCAUGUCGCAACUUCCCAUACUUGGAGGACCCAGAAAACAAAGAUGGAAAGCAAAACACUGAAACGGUAAUAGGUAGACCUGAACCUCAUCCUGAACAUUCAGGAAAACCAGAACCUACCACUGAACCUGAACCAACCAGCAAAUCAGAGCCAAGCAGUGAACCUGAACCUAAAGUGGAACCUGAACCAGGACAUACAGAGAAAGCCAAGCAUAACAAAGUUGUUUCAUCUCGCGAAACCAAGAACUACAACAGUUCACCUGCCACAGACACAGAUGUAACUGUAGAAACAAGUGUGUCUUUCAGAGUCAGUUCUUCUCAAGGUCGUAGGAGGAGAGAGACUCCGAAACAGAAUAACACUCAGGGUAAAACAUCUGCAGCUGAACUGGAGCCAAGCUCAGAACCUGAGCCCAAAUCUGAGCCAGAACCAAGCUCAGAACCAGAACCUGUUUCAGAAUCAGUUUCCAAGCCCAAGUCUAGCCUGCCAAAUUCCAUAUCACACACAACACACAGAUCUAAAGCACAACCUGAACCAACAUCAGAACCUGAACCAACUUCAGAACCUCAACCAAGCUCAGAGCCUGAACCAACUUCAGAACCUGAACCACAUGCAGAACCAGAUGCAAAACCUGAACCAAAUUCUGAGCCUGAACCUGAAUCCAAACGAGAGUCAAAUUCAAAAUAUCAAACUGAGAAGGAAGGAACCUCAAAGUCCAGUCUUCAAGAGCCCAGCAGCAUAACCUACACUCAUCCUUAUGCACCUCACCAUGAUUUCAAUGCCAUGGAUUGCACAGACAUAGUUAUUGGAUCUGCCCGAGGAACAGCAAGUCGCAUCUGGGAUUAUUAUACACGAGACCGGUCUACACCACGGUUUGACACUUUCUGGGGAGGUAAAAAUGAUCUCACUGCUGCCAUGGGAUUUGAAAAGGAUGGCAUUACAACAAUCUUGUUCAGGAAGAAGCUGAAAGGGGCAGAGCCAACAGAUCACUCAAUAGAAGAGGAUUUGAUGCAUGUCAUCUGGUCCCAAGGGCAGGAACCAGAUCAUUAUAUCCACAAUCCAAAGUCAGGACUGGAGCGGGAUUUUGCAUCUGUGAAAGAUUUUUACCGUCAAGAUGAGCUGAAGUAUCAUGGUCAUGGCACCCAAAGAGGACAGACUACACUCAAUUUCUUUGAAGAGACAGUCCGUCAGUCAGAGACAUCAACAGUGAUAGAUCCUAGUAUCUGUGGUGGUCACUGGCGGACACCACGGAACUGUGACCCAGAGCAACACAACUGUGAAUAUUAUGCUAAGUGGGAGCAUCUGCCCAAGAAGGAUGAAAUUCACUUCACUAUUGAAACUAAACACACUACUACAUGGACAGGAAUAGCAUUCUCAAAUGAUACAAAGAUGUCCCAGACUGAUGCCAUCUUGGGUUGGGUGGACAGUAACGGACGUGCAUUCCUUAUGGAUACGUGGAUUGGAGGUUAUACAUCCCCACUGCUUGACACAUCACAAGACAUCUACAACGCAAGUGGCCGUAUUGUAGAUGGCGUCACUACAUUAAGUUUUACAAGGAAGAGAUUGUCUUCAGAUUCAAAGGAUGUUUCCUUCACAGAGGACCAGUGCUUCUAUUUCAUGUUUCCAGUUAGGGGUGGCAUGUUUCAUUCUGUCAACAAAAAGAUACGGAAGCACGAGAUAACACCCAGUGUUUCAGCUGACAGGAUCUGCAUCAGGCCGUGUGUCAGAGACACAAACUCGGUGUUGGUGACUUCAACUACCACUCCUCCACGUCUUUCCUACAAUGUGGAAGUGAAGCUGGUGAACCUGGGUGAAAAUUUCCAGAUACCAAAACCUGGUUCCCCCGAGUAUGACAUUCUUUCCAAUACAGUCAGUAGCGGUUUCAGUGGUGCCUUGGGAAAGCUGCCUGGAUUCUAUAAGCUUCAUGUCAACCAAUUUCAAGAAAUUGAUGGCAAAGUGCUUGCCAAAAUGAAUGUGAUCAUGGAUAAGGCACAAUAUGAGAAAGGGAGAUCUCUCAAAGAGGAUUUGAAUCCAGUGGAGAAGGUGCUGCAGGAGACUGUUACGACAGGCAGAGCUGGAAACCUUGCUGUUGAUCCAGGGUAUCUAGUGUUCGAGUCACAGGGAUUGACAUCUACUAUUCCCAUUGAAGGGGAGUCUCAGAAUGGAGGACUGCUGCUGUCAGCGACAAAACUAUACAUUGUCAUUGGCUGUAUUGCGGCUCUGGUUUUGAUUGCUGUUAUUCAAGCAGGAUGUACCAUUUACAAGACAGCACGGAAUCCUUCCUCCCAUCAUAAGGAUCACCUACUUCCAAAUUCUGCCUGGAAAGAUUAUUCUGCUGCCAACACGAAUUAUGCUUUUGAAGCAUUUGAGUCUGAAGAGAAGCCUACAGGACCAUCAGGAACAUUACCUAACAACAGUUCCUCUCGUGCACUGGGAGGCCCACACAAACCACUUACUGCUAUGGCACACAACAGUGGUGGCUACCAAAACAAUGGAGGGCAUUAUGCUGACACAAGGUCUCUGCAGCGUCCACGAGGUGGUGGUGGUGGUUACCAGGUGCCUGGUCCUAUAGAGCGGACCACAUACUCCCUUCCUAGAACAGUGCAUCAGGCUGGAGGAGCCGGCCCCCCUCAUAAUGGCUAUUACACGCAAGAUCGACAUCGUGGACCACCUCGUCCACACAAUGAACUACAACCUGAUUUUUACUUCAUGCCUUCCCAGAGGAAGUAUUCAGGAGAAGUGGUUAGGGUAUAUGUAGAUUACAAUAAGUAGUACUCUCUAGAUGUCUAUGGAACCAAUUCAGUAACCAGGAAGAAAUGGAUUUAAGAGCAGGUAGACUUCAGUGGUUACCUGAUCUUAGGGAACAUGCUGGUACCUCAGCAAGUUGUGUGGAAGUAAGUUAGUAGCUGUCGGCUUGACGAAGUUAGUGUUUGUGAAUGCCAUUCCUUCAGUUACGAAGUUACAGCAUGUGCCUGAAGAAGUGAAUGUUCUCGUGUUAAGAAUGAGUGAAGUGUGUAAGUACGGGCUUGAAACUUGUCAUUCCAAACAGGACCUCACACUCUGUGAUGUAGAUAUUGCACUUACAGAUACACUUUGUUUGAAGACAGAAUUACAUGACAAUUUUAAGCUAAAAACUUGGAGAUUGUCAAAAUAGUGCAGAAAUGAAUCAAUCCUUGCUCAAAGAACGUGAACUUCAUACAGAAACAUCAGAUGAAAACUCUCCCCAUGUCAUCUAAAUUGGUUUCAUCAAAUUGUAGCUAAGAUGUACAUUAAGAUACUAACAAAUCCCAGUUUUCCCUCCUCAUUUCUGUUUUAUCUGUCCUAAUAGUUAAACCUAUUUUCUGAUUAUGUUGACUGAAUCAGACAGUUUAUGAGAGUUUUAUCUCCUUAUGCUCAAUAUUACACCUGCAAGACCUUAUAUCUGUGUAAUUACUUUACUGUUCUUACCACAUAUUUAAAUGUUCCUGCAAGCA